AUGACCCUCUGGAAACCCCAGCUCCUCCUGUGUCUGACCGAGCUGUGGAUGAAAGGCAGUGAGAGUCUGAGGUCAGCCACAGCCCGCAGCCUCAGCGGGUCAGGGGGGGGGUCAGGGGGGGUCAGGAGGGGGUCAUGGGGGGGUCAGGGCCGGUGCUGGGGUCGUCCAGGGGCCAAGGCUCUCUCCUCUGACUGUCACAUGGUCCACAGCCAUAGGGCUCAUACCUCUGCUGGACACCAGGGGGACUCAGCAGGCUCUUUGGGAGUGGUUUUGUGA